AUGAGUGGGAAGCACAUGGGAUACAAAGUUGCAUUGUCUGAUGGCGCUGAAACCACGGAAGAGUUAAGAAGUCUUGUGUCUGUCUUACAGGAUCCAACUUCCUGGGUAAAUAUUCACCACCUGGAGUAUACAGAUGGAGGAAUCCUGGACCCAGAUGAUGUGCUGGCAGAUGUUGUGGAAGACAAAGAUAAGCUGAUUGCUGUUUAUGAUGAACAAGAAACUCACCAUAAGACUGAUGGCACCAAUGGCAAUUUGACAGACAGAAACAGCCCGGACUCUUUUGAAACAGAGGUAGCGGCUCAGCUGGCUGCCUUUCAGCCAAUUGGUGGGGAGAUUGAAGUAACUCCUUCUGCCCUUAAAAUAGGCACACCACUUCUAGUACGAAGGAGCAGUGAUCCAGCUCUGGGCCCACCUGCUGACUUCCAACCAAGUGCUUCUCAUCCCAGUGACUACAGUCUCAAGCAUGUUGUGGCAGGUACUUCCCAGGUAUCCUUUCAGGAUGGGGAGAUAAACCUCACUGGACCCACAGAACUGUUGUUGGCUCAGAAGGCCCGACUCCCUGUAAGUGAAAUGACAAAAACAGUGGAGAUUUCUGGGGAAGGUGGACCAUUGGGAAUACAUGUAGUGCCCUUUUUUUCAUCUUUGAGUGGAAGGAUGCUGGGGCUCUUCAUUCGUGGUAUUGAAGAAAACAGCAGAUCUAGACGUGAUGGGCUUUUCCAUGAAAAUGAAUGCAUUGUGAAGAUUAACCAUGUAAACCUUACAGAUAAGACCUUUGCACAGGCUCAAGAAAUCUUCCGUCAGGCAAUGAAAUUUCAAAGUGUCAUGUUGGAAGUCCUUCCUCCGUAUAAUCGAGAACAAUACGAGAAGUCUGCUAUCGCUCCCCUUUGUUUUCUGGAUAAUGAAGAAGUAGUUCCAAAAACUAAGAUUCCACCUCCUGUUCAUCCAAAACCUGCUCUGAAAAUGAUUAAUCUUUCUGAAGCAAGCAGCUCAGAGACAGGUAUACAGGCAGCACAACAAGCAAAGAGCCCCAACCUCCCACGCCUGGGUAGAAAGUUGUCUUCUCCCUCCCUGUCUCCCCUUAUGGGCUUUGGCAAUAAAAAAAAUGCAAAGAAAAUAAAGAUUGACCUGAAAAAAGGUCCAGAAGGACUUGGUUUCACUGUGGUUACCAGAGACUCUUCACUUCAUGGUCCUGGUCCAAUUUUUGUGAAGAACAUUUUGCCAAAAGGUGCAGCAGUAAAAGAUGGUCGUUUGCAGUCAGGAGACAGAAUCCUGGAGGUCAAUGGACGGGACAUCACUGGCAGGACCCAGGAAGAGCUCGUAGCUAUGCUGAGGAGCACAAAGCAAGGGGAAACGGUUUGUCUGAUUGUGGCUCGUCAGGAGGAGGCCUUUCUACCUCGAGAGCUGAAGGGAGAACCAAGCUGCAGUGUUCUUUCUCCAGAAACCACAGAGCAGCUGACCUUUGAGAUUCCUCUGAACGACUCUGGCUCUGCUGGACUUGGUGUGAGCUUAAAAGGCAACAAAUCUCGGGAGACUGGAGCUGAUCUUGGGAUUUUCAUCAAAUCUGUUAUUCAUGGAGGUGCUGCUUUUAAGGAUGGUCGUUUGCGAGUGAAUGAUCAGCUUGUUGCCGUAAAUGGGGAGUCACUUCUGGGCAAGUCAAAUCAUGAGGCUAUGGAAACACUGAGGCGCUCCAUGUCCAUGGAGGGGAACAUUCGUGGGAGGAUCCAGCUGGUAGUUCUCCGGAGACUGGAAGUGCUGACAGAGGAACGCUCAGACCAGGGAAUCUUUCAAAAAUCAGCCUUUGAUGGGAGCCAUAGCUUGGCAGCUGCUUCCCGACACAAUGAUGCUGUUCUUCAGCAAUUUGUACCAUGCAAUCCUCAGGAAAGAACAAAAGAAUUGCCAGUGUCUGAUCAUGGCAGUGGUGAAAAUGAAACCCCUCCACCUCUCCCACCACAUCCCAGUGAGGAUCUGCUGAAUGAGGAUUAUAAUCAUAGCCCUGUCAUAAAUUCAUCAGUGUAUUUAACAGAUCAGCACAUCAACUUCAGAUCUUUGACACCAGCCAAGCAGUCUGAAUCAAUUAAUCUGAAAGCCUCAAAAAGCAUGGAUCUGG